CGCAGUUGUUGGCGUGACCCGGAAGUUGCGCACGUCUCGCCUCUCGGGUGACGUCACUUCAUUGAGCUGUGUAAGAUGGCGCUUCGGCCCGGAUCAGGUGGAGGUGGCAGUUUUAUGUACCCUGUAGGAGGGGGCAUUGGACCACCACAAGGAAUGAUGCCCAUGCAGCAGCAACAGCAACAGCAGCAGCAGCAGGGCUUCCCCAUGGUCCAGGUCAUGCAGCACAACAUGCAAGGCAUGAUGGGAAUGAAUUUUGGAGCACAGAUGCCUGGUGCCAUGCCAAUACAGGGUGGGAUGGCGAUGGGCAUGCAGACUCCUGGGAUGCAGUUCAUGGGUCAGCCUCAGUUCAUGGGCAUGAGGGGCCCAGGGCCACAGUUCCCUGCGGACCUACAGAAGCAGAUGGCGGAGGAGCAUCAGAAACGUCUGGAGCAGCAGCAGCGGAUGCUGGAGGAGGACCGGAAGAGAAGACAGUUUGAGGAGCAGAAACAGAAACUACGCCUACUGAGCAGUGUCAAACCCAAAACUGGGGAGAAGAGUCGUGACGAUGCCUUAGAGGCCAUCAAGGGAAAUCUGGAUGGGUUCAGCAGAGAUGCCAAGAUGCAUCCAACACCAUCUUCACAGUCUAAGAAACCAGGUGUGGGCGUCUACCCCCAACAAGACAUGCAACCCAUGGUGCCAUCCUGGUUGUACAAUGACUCGCUUAUCCCAGAGUUGUUCAAGAAGGUCCUUGACUUCACCAUGACACCAACAGGUAUUGACACAGCCAAACUCUACCCAAUUCUAAUAUCAUCGGGUCUGCCACGGGAAGCUCUCGGACAGAUCUGGGCCUUGGCCAACCGCACCACACCUGGCAAGCUGACCAAGGAAGAGCUGUACACCGUCCUGGCCUUGAUUGGAGUUGCCCAGAGUGGUCUUACAGUCAUGAGUUUGGAAACACUGAGUCAGUUCCCCUCCCCGCCCAUGCCCAAUCUACCUGCCAUGGCUAUGGCCAUUCCUGCUGUCCUGCCUCAGCACCAGCAGGCCAUCAUGACCCAGCCACCCGUGUCCAUGGCCAUGCCGGUUGCCGCACCACCUGUCAUGGGCAUGACACUGAAUACACCUGCACAACAACCAGCCAGCUUCAUUACCAACUUCCCUCCUGUUCAGGCUACCAAGACUGAUGACGACGAUUUCCAAGACUUCCAGGAAGCCCCCAAAGCCGGCGCUGGAGAGGACUCAUUCACAGAUUUCCAAGGAGAGACAGGAGGAGGGUUCCCCAGCAUGACACCAUCAUCCCAAAGCGGUGUUCCUGCCAUGCUGACUCCAGUGUCAGGGUCUUCAUCAUCCUCCUCCUCUGAUAAAUAUGCAGUGUUUAAACAGUUGUCAGUGGAGCAGCCUGCAGAGCCCACACCUCCCGUCUCAGAUUCAGGUGACAAAUACAGUGUUUUCCGAGAGCUUGAGCAGCCUUCAGACAGAAAGCCAGUUGGGGAGGCAUUUGCUGAUUUCAAGUCUGUCAGUGCCGACGAUGGCUUCACAGACUUUAAAACAGCCGACACUGUCUCUCCACUAGACCCACCAGACCAGGCCAAGUUCCAGCCAACUUUUCCUCCUCCUUUCUCUUCUUCUCAGUCUCUGUCCCAUUCACAGCCAGCUUCUCUGGCUCAACCUAGAAAUCCUCUCAAUAUGGCAGACCUGGACCUCUUUACAACAGUGGCUCCUCCCGCUCCCACUUCCACUGCUGACUCCAAACUCAAUCUGUUCCCUUCAGCGCCACCAUCCCUGGUAUUAACCUCAGUAGUGAAACCUCCCAGCGUAAGGGGUGAUGACUUUGGCGAUUUUGCUCUUUUUGGCUCAUCAUCGUCCUCUGAAGCAGCUCCCACCACCUCUACAGUGGGGAGAGGACUUGGAACAGUGGUUCAGGAUGACUUUGCUGACUUCAUGGCGUUCGGGAGCUCGAGAGAUCAGAGAAAUGAGACCAGCUCUGGAGACGGUGGAAGCGAGGGCCAGGCGGAGACGUCUCAGCAGCGGCAGCAAAUCAGCACUGAUAAGUAUGACAUCUUCAAGCAGCUUUCCUUAGAAGGUGGCCUGGCCUACGACGAUAACAAAGAAAGUGGCGGAGGCUCCUUCUCGUCGCUCAAGAGCGACAAUGACGACUUUGCAGAUUUCCAGUCGUCCAAAUUCUGUACGGCGCUAGGCGCAUCUGACAAGAGCCUGGUGGACAAAGUAGCCGCCUUCAAGCAGACCAAAGAGGACUCUGCCUCUGUGAAAUCCCUGGACCUCCCGUCCAUUGGGGGCAGCAGCGUGGGGAAGGAGGACUCGGAGGAUGCGCUCUCAGUACAGCUAGACAUGAAGUUGUCAGACAUGGGUGGAGACCUGAAGCAUGUGAUGUCUGAUAGCUCCCUAGAUCUACCUGGUUUGUCGUCCCAUCAACCCCCAGCUGCAGAGUCUGAUGAUUUUAAAUUUGACCCCUUUGGCACAUCCGCCGUCAGCAGUCUUGGCAGCUACGACUGGUCCGACAAGGAAGAACUCUCAUCUGGUCAAAGUAAGAAGCUCCAGGGAGGACUGCCAUCUUCAGCUGUUGUCCAGAAGAAAGAGACAUUUUUCGGGAGUUCGGAGAACAUCACCCACACCACAGUUGCCAAGGUGACCACCUUCCCAAUCGAUGAUGGUGGCUCCACCACUGAAAGACUUCUAAAACCCCUCUCAUAUUUUCUCCACAUAGAACACCCCUCAAAACAACAAAAAUAACUUUUGAACUUUCCAACAACGUUUCCUAAAAACUCUGGAACCACAGAAGCAGAGGGCAACCAGGGUGAAUUGACGGAUGAGUUUGGAGCUUUCCAAGGUGACAAGCCCAAAUUUGGCAAGUCAGACUUCUUGAAAGCCAGCACACAGGCCAAAGUGAAAUCCAGUGAAGAGAUGAUCAAGAACGAACUCGCCACCUUUGAUUUGUCUGUUCAGGGUUCCCAUAAGCGUAGCCACAGUCUGGGAGAGAAAGAAAUUGUACGGUCCAUCCCCUCUCCUGCCCCUGAGCAGCCCUUCAGAGACCGAUCCAACACCCUAAAUGAAAAACCUGCGCUGCCGAUCAUCCGGGACAAGUACAAGGACCUCACAGGAGAGGUGGAGGAGAGUGAGCGAUAUGCGUAUGAAUGGCAGAGGUGUUUGGAGAGCGCUCUGCAGGUCAUCACCACUGCCAAUAACACCCUUAAUGGCAUCAGUAGCUCCACGGUGUGCACAGAGGUCAUCCAAUCAGCACAAGGGAUGGAGUACCUGCUGGGUGUGGUGGAGGUGUAUCGCGUGACCAAGCGUGUAGAGCUGGGUAUCAAAGCCACGGCUGUUUGUUCGGAGAAACUACAGGAGCUGCUUAAAGACAUCAGCCGCGUGUGGAACAACCUGAUGGGCUUCAUGUCACUGGCAAACCUCACUCCUGAUGAGAGCUCACUGGACUUCUCCUCCUGUAUAUUGAGGCACGGCAUUAAGAACGCCAAAGAGCUGGCGUGUGGAGUGUGUCUGCUCAACGUGGACUCGCGCAGCAAGGCAUUUAAUUCGGAGACGGACAACUUCAAGCUCAUGUAUGGAGGUCACCAGUACCACGCCAGCUGUGCUAACUUCUGGAUUAACUGUGUGGAACCCAAACCGCCAGGUCUCAUCCUGCCCGACCUGCUCUAGAACCGAGCGCAGUGCAGCGCUGAACCCUGAGCCGCUGUCUGAAGCUUCAUGGGAGUCCUUCAGAACUCUUGUCACUUUAGCUGUUUUGUCUUUGAAACAGUUCAGCUCUCAUCACUUGAAUUUGGGACGCAACUGUCUAGAUCUGCCAUUGUCUGUUGGAAGAUCAGAUAAAUUAUGUAGUACUGAAUAAUAGUUUAUUUAAAUAUUGUAAAUGUGUCUUUGUCUCUACCUUUUUGGGUCUGACUCUCAAGCACAAAAAAAAAGUGUCUGGUUGGUUGAUUCUUUGCUGUUGAUUUCUCUACCAUGUGAAGUAAAUACUGCAGAGCUGUUAUUCAUGUUACGAAUCGCAGACUUGUAAUAUAAAAUCUAUAAAAUAAUAAAGGUAAAAUAUUUGAAAGCAUUUUUGCAAACGUUUAGAUGCUGGUAUCUUCUUUUAUGUCAUUGUUUUCUGUUAUGGUUGUGCUGGAACACAAGUCACUUUUAUUAGUGGGUCUGGAGACGGUUCUUGACUGGUUGUGAUUUUCUGAGAACCUUUUAAAAAGCCUGGAAGAUGUUCUUAAACACUGUGAUAUUUACUAUUCUGGAUUCAGAUGUGACUCUUUUGAAGGACUUUGUUUUGUGAAACUGAAGGAAAUUCAAAAGUCUGGGGAUGUAAGAAGUGCAAAGCGAAGCCUUUUUCCUUCUUCCAACCCAAGCGGUUAUUAUAAGAGCGACAUAAGCUUUCAUUAUGAAUUCAUUUCUUUUCAUUGAGGCACUCGUAAUGAAUUGACAAUGAUCCAACUGAGAUUAAAUGGCUUUGAGUACAUGAUUGUCAUUGUCAGUGUUUUACUGAGGACUUAACAUUGUCUUAAUGUCUUUAUUGUUGUCAUUGUAUCAUUCAACUUAAUUCUACUUCAUUUAUGAGCGUUUUGUACUAAAAUGAUCAUGUUUUUCUGUUUAUGAUUCAAGUCGGUAAAUGCAAAUUAAAUAUUUGAAUGUUAGUAUUGGA